AUGAGAGUUGGAAUUUGUAAAUUCUUCAUCUGGGCGCUACUGAUUUCUUGUCUGGUCUUCCCUUCCUUAGAGUUUGAUCCUGAAGAUAACUAUUUGAUUAACUGUGGUUCAUCUGUGAAUACCCCUCUUGAUCAUCGUGUUUUCUUGGCUGAUGUCUCAAAUUUUUCCAGUUUUCUUUCAACCCCACAAAAUAUUUCCGCUGUUGCAAAUUCUGAUUCUAUUCCCUCCGCUACUUAUGGUUUAGCUUUGUACCAAACUGCCAGAAUUUUUAAUGGAAGUUCUCAGUACAAUUUUUCUAUCAAGAAGCAAGGUAGGCACUGGAUUCGUCUGCAUUUAUUUCCUUUCCUCAAUCCUUCCUUCAACCUGAGUACUGCGAAAUUCUCUGUUUCUGCUCAAAAUUUCACUCUUUUGAAGGAUUUCCAGCCAUCUAGUGCCCCAACUGUUAAGGAAUAUCUACUGAAUAUUACCACAAAAACUCUUGUUUUGAAUUUCAUCCCCGCAGCCAAUUCAAUUGCUUUCCUAAAUGCCUUUGAAGUCACCUCAAUCCCUGAUGAGCUCAUUCCUGCUGAUGUUGCAACUAUUGGUUCUUCCGGGCAGCACCAAAACCUGGAGACUCGAGCACUUGAGACGGUUGUGAGGGUCAACAUGGGUAACGAAGCGGUUCUUCCAAAAAAUGACUCCUUGGGGCGGCUUUGGUUGUCUGAUUCUGGAUAUCUUACUUCCAAUCAUAAUCUUGUUUUGUUUCUGUCAAACGUUGGAUUAGUGAAUUUUACAACGGCUGGAAUGUCCGAGAAUAUUGGUCCUUCGUUGGUUUAUGGCACAGGUACUGAGCUGUACACUGCGUUGGAAGACAGAAAUAUACUCAACGCAACCUGGCAGUUUCAAGUUGAUCCUGGUUUUGAUUACUUUAUCCGGUUCCACUUUUGUAACAUAUUGAAUGCCAGUGACCCUAAUAGAAACAAUUUGUUUUUCACCAUGUAUCUAAAUUCUGAGUUUGCUGCGAAAGACGUAAACCUCAGUACUGUAGGUGUCCCUCAGUAUAUUGAUGUGGUUACUUCGGUAAAUAGUAUAGGUCAGCUCAAUGUAAGCCUUGGUUCUUCGAAUGCGUUCAACUCAUUUCCUGAUGGCAUUCUUAAUGGACUUGAGGUAAUUAAAAUAAGCGAUUCCGGGGGCAGUCUUGCUGCCGCAGAUGCCAGAGUUCAGGAAAAAUCAUCAGCUACCAGUUCCAAGUCAAAAGUUUGGGUGUUUGUGGGUUCUGCUGUUGGAGUUUCGAUUUUCAUCAUGGUUGUAGUUUUAGUUUUUGCUCUUUUCUGCAGACGAAGAAGGCGUGCAAUCGUGGUUCACACGACACUGGAGCAAUUUGCUGCAAAUGGAGCGAGUUUCGUGGUGAAUAAAAGUCCUGCAGCAGAUUCAUCCCUCAUUUCUGAGUCAAAGAGAGGGUAUCGCUUCCCUUUUGUAGUAGUCCGGGAAGCAACUGAUAAUUUCAGCGAGAGCCUAAUUAUCGGAGUUGGUGGAUUUGGGAAAGUUUAUAAAGGAGUCUUGAGUGAUGGAACCAAAGUGGCAGUGAAAAGAGGUGUUUCUGAAUCAAGACAAGGCCUGUCAGAAUUCAAGACGGAAAUUGAAAUGCUGUCUCAAGUUCGCCAUCGCCAUCUUGUUUCGUUAAUUGGGUAUUGUGAUGAAAGAAAUGAGAUGAUCAUUAUCUAUGAGUUCAUGGAGAAUGGAACCCUCAAGGAUCAUCUGUAUGGAUCAGAUCAUCCGAAACUAAAUUGGAGACAAAGGCUAGAGAUUUGCAUUGGAUCAGCUAGGGGACUUCACUAUCUUCACACUGGAUCAGUGAAGGCCAUCAUACACCGCGAUGUAAAGUCUGCCAACAUACUUCUUGAUGAGAAUCUACUGGCAAAAGUGGCUGAUUUCGGCAUUUCAAAAUCCGGUCCAGAGCUAGACCAGACUCAUGUUAGCACAGUUGUGAAAGGAAGCUUUGGUUAUCUCGAUCCAGAGUACUUAACAACGCAACAGCUGACAGAUAAAUCAGAUGUGUACUCUUUUGGAGUGGUUAUGAUUGAAAUACUAUGUGGAAGGCCAGUCAUUGAUCCAUCGCAGCCGCGAGAAAGGGUGAACUUAGUAGAAUGGGCAAUUCAGUGUCUCAACAGAGGGGAGCUGGAAAUCAUUGUGGAUCCUCAUAUUGCAAGUGAAGUGAAGCCUGAUUCCCUGAUGAAAUUUAAGGAAACUGUUGAGAAAUGCUUGGCAGACUUGGGCGCAAAUCGACCUACAAUGGGAGAUGUACUAUGGAAUUUGGAAUCUGCAUUUCAGCUUCAAGUUGGUGAUCCAAGAGACAAGAACCAAGAGCAAACAAACAGUCAGAAACUGGAUGUUAGCAUAUCCAGCACCGGGCAAUUUAGCUUGGGAAGUUUUGGUGAUCUUGAAGGUGUAUCAAUGAGGAGGGUGUUCUCUAAUAUGAUUAAAGCUGAAAACGCAAUUGACCAACAUCAACAAGAUGCUAUAUGA